GUGCUCCAUUCCAUGGAUUAGAUUGGAUUGGAUAUUCCACAAUCCGAUUGCGAUUGAGUACCUAACCUAAGGUAUCUGAUAGAAUACCUCUAUUGAAGGGUUGUUCUCGAAAUCCGAGGCCUAGGAUUAAUAAAUCUAUCAAUCAAUCGCCCAAGAUGCCGCCGCGAAUACCCCUCCUCGCCGCCCUACGGCAACCCUCCACUCUCUUCAAAUCCCAAACCGCCAACAUAUCAAACACCAGCCCACGCGAGAUCAUCCGCAGAGACCUCCCCAGCGUAACCUCCAACCUCCUCGACCUCGACGACUCUACCUCCCAACGCACCCCCAACGACCCCACCCUCGCCGUCGCCGACAUCUACGACCGCCUGAAACCCACCGUCGCGCGGCGCGUAGCCCUCGAGGAGGAGCUGCGCCAGAACAGCAAGGCCGAGGACUACCUGCGACAGCUACCCCGCCGCUGGCGCGCAGGCGACGUCUAUGCCCCGCACGACAUGAGCUCCGCCGAGAUGACCAAGUGGCGCCGGACACAAGCCCGCAAGAAGGACCUAGUCGACAUCCUCGGUUUGCGACCGCUGGAUAUGUAUCGCAACUUCUCCGUCAUAUCAGAAUACAUGACACCGCACGGCCGAAUAAAGCGCUCAGUCGACACGGGAUUACGGCCGGCGAACCAGCGGAAGAUGGCCAAGGCCGUACGGCGGGCCAUCGGCCUGGGCAUCCACCCCAGCGUGCACCACCACCCGGAGAUCCUGAUCCGGCAGAACGCCAAACACUACGAGCAAGUCUCUGCGACAGUCAACAGAAACGUCAAGUCUUCAUGAUGAUGGGCGGGGUGAAUUGCACAACAACAUGACAUCUGCGUGUCUUUUACGCUUAUCCGACUAUAUACAACGAGACAGCAGAGGAGGCUAUCUAGGUAGAUAGAUGUACGAGUAGUGCUGUACAAGAUCAAUCCAUAUACAUCAUGCCUUCCACGGCCGCGGGCGGAUCUUAAAUACCGGGAG